UGAAAAAUAUUCAUCAAUUCGGACAGCAUAGACAGAAAGAAACAAAAUGGACAAUGAACAACAACCAGAUACGAAUCGAUUGUUGAAUCUUAUCAUAAAUACUUAUGGCUUUGUUGGUAUUCAAUUGAAGCCGAUAAAAUUGAAUGAAAUUCGUAGUGCCAGCAAUUUCAUCAUCAACAUUUUAAUCAACAUUUUCAUUGUCCAUGUAUUUCAAUCGGAAAUAUUUUAUUCAGGACGAUCAGAAUUCCUUACCACAUUGAAUUAUUAUAUGAUUAAUCAAUUUCAUAAAUUAAAUAAAAAUGUAAUAUUUCCACUCAUUUAUUCUGGUUACAUAUUGAGCUAUUUCGCCAAUGGCCAUCAAUUUAUUCAAUGUCUUCAAUCAACAACGUAUUCAUCAUCGAUACAAUUUUCACAAAAUCAAUCAAUUCUUGUAUUAAUGGUCGCAACAAUUUUAUCAAAUAUUUUUUGUUUCAUUGGAGUAGAAAAAUUUCAAAAAUCAUCGAUAUUUAACAUAAUUUCUCUUGAAAUAUUCUAUUUUUAUGAAUCCGUCACAUGGAUUCUAUUAUAUUAUCAUCAGAUUGUAAAUUUGAAUGCAUUACGUCAGAUCCGAGAUCGAUAUUUAGAAUCAUCAUUAUCAUCAUCAUCAUCAUCAGGCCAUAAGCGAACAAUUUCAAAUUAUUUGAUCAAAUGUAAAAAUUUAUUCAUCAAUGUUAAACAAUUGGCCGAUUUAAACACACGGAUACAAUCGAUUUUAUCAUAUUUAUUAUGCUUACAUAUUUUGGAUAGUUCAUCAUUUCUAAUUCUUUCUACAACCGAUUUGGCUGCAUUCAAUCUUGAAUCUAGUUAUAAAUGUUUAAUUGAAUUACCAAUACGUAUUAGUCUUUGGAUUGGACUUUGUAUGGCCAACAAAAUUGUUAUCAUGGAAUUUGAUCGGAUUGAAAAUUCAAUACAAAAAUCAUUACGUUCAAUUACAACUGGAUUGAAGAGGAAAAAAAUUUUCAAAUAUAAAGAAAUGGAAAUUUUUCGUGAAUCAUUUCAACUAAUAAUGUUUGAUUUUUUCAUCAUUGAUUUUGCUCUAUUCAUGGAUUGGAUCAUUUUUAUUGCCGGUUAUGUAACAAUUAUUUAUCAAACGAAUAACUAAAUAUUGUCAUGUCUUGUCUUGUCAUUCAUUUCAAAUGAAUUUGAUAAACAAAACAAAACAAAAAA